AUGGCUGCCGAAACAAUAGUAAAAGAUUCUCAAAUAAAAGGAUUCUCCUCUUUCACGACAAGGAUUGGCUAUUGUUGUUGUAAACUGAUUCGAAAAGGUGAAAAAUAUAAUUUCAAAACUACACAAUCAACGGAAAAUAUUGUUCCGAAUGCACCGAAAGGUAAUAUAGUUCUUCAAAAUUAUUCAUUAUCAACAUCAGUCAGUGCUGACAGACUGCAAACAGUCACAGAGUCAACACCAAGAGAUCCUUCAGUACGGAUGUCAAAAAUAACAGUCCGACCAACACCACAAACACCACAAACGCCCAAUAGACAACAGCCUUUCCAAAUGCAGCAGCGAAUACCUCUGGGACCGUCAAAAUUAACACAGAACCAAAUAACAGAUACGAAAAAAGAUCCAGACGAAACAACCACAGGUAUGAAAAAAUAG